AUUAAGAGAAAAGGAGAGGCUUUUAGGAUGCUCGAAGGCUGGUAUGAUGUCUUUUCUUCUCUAACUUUCGAAUUUUAGUGUUGCUAAUUAUGUUGUUAUGUAGGUUGUCAUGGCCUUCAAACGCAGAGGAAAGGGCAUAUUAAGAGGUCUUUAUACAGGAAUUGAUACACGACAUAUUGUGAUGGCCAGCAAGAUGUAUGAACCAAAUCUCUUUCUUUUACUUUUGGACAAAAAUUAUUAAUUAGAUUUGUUACAGAAUAUUCUCCCUUGAUUAUAUCUACAUUGCUAUAAUUAUAUUCACAUUAUAAUUGAUUAACAUAAUUAGAUUAAUUGAUUUUAUACCAUAGAAUAUUCUCUUGUACAAGUCUAUAAAUAGGCACUUUAUCUAUUCAAAUGAAUCAAGAAAAGUAUUUUCUUCAUAUUUUUCUCUCUUGCUUAUUUCCUCACAUGGUAUCAGAGCUUUCUAAGCUCUUUAUUGUCUGUCGUUCUUCUUUAGGUUUUGUGCCUCUAAUUUUCCUUCAUAUUUUUUGUGCCGGCCAGCAUCGCGUGUUCCAGUCAUAUAUCGGUUUUGGAUUUGGUUGCUAUGAUUGCUGCUGUUUCUUUUACGAGUUUCUUUGAUCUUUCACAGAGAUUUUCACAAGCAAGCUAUCCGAAAUUACCGCUGUGCAGAUCUUUGCCAUCUGAAAUUGCUUCCAUUUUUUUUCGAUGUUCCACUUCAAGUCGGUGUUUUUCUUGGUUAGAUUUUCUUUUAUUUACAGCAUAUCCUCUUUUUUAUUAUUAUGGAGAAAUCCGAUAUUUCCCAACCAAUUUCAACCAUUUUAAAUGUCUCAAAUUACAUACUCUGGGCUCAAAGUAUGCACAGUUUCUUGAAGGGUUGGAAAUUAUGACGGUAUAUUACUGGUGACAUUACACUUCCACAACAAGUUAUUGAUGAGACAGAUAAGAAGUAUGUUGACCGUCUGGAGGAUUGAGAUAGCAAAAAUCAUCAGAUCAUCACAGGGUUUUGUAACACCUCAAUUCCUUCCAUUCACCUUCAGUUUGGAUGGUAUAAAACAGCUAAGGAAGUGUAGGAUUUGCUUGCAGUCAGGUAUACCACUUCUGAUUUAUCUAGUCAACAUCAAUUGUGGGAAGAGUUACACAAUUUGCAACAAGAACAUGGAGAGUCCAUUGCUAGUUUUUAUGCUAAGAUGGAGGCUAUUUGGGAUCAGCUUGCUCUCUUAGAACCAACUUUCAAUGACACUGCUGAUAUUGGAAAGUACAUUGAGUAUCGUGAUAAAAUGAGGUUAAUUCAAUUUCUUAUGGCACUUACUGAUGAUUUUGAACCAUGCAGAGCCUCUUUAUUGCAUCAGUCUCCUUUACCUAGCUUGGAUAGUGCUCUUUCAUGAUUAUUAUCUAAUGAAACUCGUCUGGGCGUACUUAAGCCUCAACGAGAUACUACUGUGGCUGCAACUAUCAACAAGUUUGCUUCGAGUAAGAAAGGACAGAAGUAUUGCCGGCAUUGUAACAAAUAUGGACAUGCUAU